UAGCGCUGUAUAUAUGUGCAUAUCAUGACGUAACAAGUAUUCAAGUCGAUAAGGGAUUACCAACGUAACGUGUAUUUAUGGAAUCUCUGGAAAACCUUCAGGAAGUUCAUCGAUGUUUUGGAAGAGACUAGCAGAUGUGCUGGUAAAGAACGUGAAAUACUACAGAAAACAAUGGCCGCUACUACCAACCACAAACAAUAAGUAUCAAUGCCUAUAAAACUGGACAAUGACGUCGCCACUUAUCGUGAAAGAAAGUCAUGAGCCAUGAAUAAAUUGAUUUUUCCACAAUAUUCAGGAUGGCUUCAUAUCAGGACUGGCUACUUCGAAACAAAAAGGGCAUUUUUUGUUUUAUGUAAUGGACAACUGAAUUACUACGAUAAAGAUUGGAGAAAAACAUUCCAUAGUGGUGACGUCAAUCAAAAAGAGAAAAAGUUUAAAGUUACCCCGAUUGGUGACCUGUCCUUCAAAAUAGAUAAAUUGACCUUGAAGUCUGACAAUGAGGCAUGCAGAAACAGGUGGAUACGGGAACUGGCACACGCUGCAGACGAGGAAGAGAAUGUGGAUUUGUUCAUAGACGACUGUAAAAGAGAUCUAGAAAAUGCCAGUAUUGGAUCUUUACCUGAUAUUCUCAACUGGGUGACUGGUAUACUGGCAAUUCUUAAAGAUGCCAGGACUACCAGAGAAGACCUAGCAUGUAUUGGUAACCACCUGGCAAAUUCUGGUUUUGUCAGUGCAGUUGUUCGUUGCUUCAAAUUUGCGUUGCACUGUACACAGACAUUGUAUCUGACAAACGUCGUGCUAGAAACUGUAGCUACCAGCGACGAUUGUGAUGACGUAGACAAGAUUCUCUACAUAACAAGACGACUAAUAUGGCGGCUGUCAUUUGCCAGCAAAGCCUUCGCCGUCGCCAUUACCUGUACUGAUUAUCUCCACUACGUCGUUCAGGAUCUGAAACAAGUUCUUUUGUCACCGGAGCAAGACUGGGAGGAUGGAAACUAUUUGAUAUUUUCUGCGUUGGACGUGAUACAGCAGUGCGCGCGGUCAGGUGUGAAGAAGGAAAAGUUGUACGAAUUUGGAGGAGUGUAUACAAUUGCAUGUAUUCUAAGACAAACUUCUUCAAACAAAAUCAAGCUAGCCGCAUACAUGGCGUUAUCACACAUGGUCAAACAGGACGAUGUCAAACAUCUGAAGAUAGAUGAAGCUUUUCUUAUAUACCUAUUAGACCUUCUGAAAAAGGCUAUUCCCAACAGCGGUCACAACGUGACUGUCGACAGGGCGAGUGGCUACUACACUGAAGUGUUAGAACUGUUUGACACACUGGACGGCUUGUGUAGCCUAGAGGAAAACAGAAAGAUGAUUUAUGACAAUGGAAUUAUCAAAAAUGUUGCUGAUGUGACAGAAAGCUGUGCAAAAGAAGACCUGAGUAAUCUGACAAAUGAAGAGGAAACGUUGUCAACAUUACGCCUCAUAGACCGGUUGUGUUACUCGCUGUACGCAAAGCGGGCUCUAAAGACGAAUGAAACCAUAGUGACCAGUAUUGAUAUCUUACUUGGCGUAGACAAUAAGAAAGUUAGAGAUAAAGCGAGAGCAGUUCAGACAAGAAUCCAGGCUGUUGAGCUGCCACGGUCAAUACUACGUCUUGACACAGACACUGUUUUGAGGUACAAAACAGCUUUACGGUGUGGAACUACGCCAGAUCGCCAUGUUCGAGUGAUGGUGCUGGGACAUAAGGGAGCCGGCAAAAGUUCUUUAUGUCGGCGACUACUUGAUGACGACCUCGAGGGAAUCGAUAGUACCGAGGGUAUAGAUCUCUACAUUCAAAAGAUUCUCGUGGAUCUUAAAACUUUGGAGUGGACAAUUCAAAACAAAGGUGCAGAACUUGAUAGUCCUAUCAACAAAUUAGCAAAAGUUAUGGACGAUAUAGAUGGAGCAGAUUCUCACACCAACAAUAUUCCUAAUCCAGACCAAAAUCAAUCUCCACAACAACACGCUAAGAAAUCUAAUAACCACCCGGAGAAUGCCAAUCCAAUCCUCGUAUAUCGUAGAGAAGAAAGUCAGGAGGGAGAAAGCGAGGACGAAUUCGAAGAUGCUUUAGAAUAUCUAUCAGAAAUCGAAUGUCCAACUCAUUCGCAAAUGACAACGCUUCAACAAGUGUUCCAAAGUCGCAUAGCGCACGAUUUUCUAGACGAAGACCAUGCCAGCAUAUCCCUUUUUGAUUUCGCCGGUGAACAAAUCUACUACGCCACUCAUCAAAUUUUCCUGGCACCUGAAUGUGUCUUCAUCCUUGUGGUUGACCUAAGUGAAGUGGAGAAAGGUCACGAUUCUGUGAUAGAUGAAGCACGAUUCUGGUUGGCAUCGAUUCUAGACUAUUCUGCCAUACGAAAAGACGAAGGGAAUGGGAUGGUGUUCCAGUGCCCACCAGUCGUACUUGUUGGAACACAUAAAGACAAGCUCCCGUUCAAGACAGACAGAGAGAAAGAGGCGUUUGGACUCAAGACGCUACAGGAUGUCCUUUCUGUUCCUGAACUUGACUGCCUGGGCAAAGCCAACUUUGCUGGCGUGUGUGUCAUAGAUAAUACCAUAAUUGAUCCAGCGAUGGCAGAUUUGAAGACAGCCGUCAUUGAUGCGGCCAAAUCCCAAGAAAAAUGGGAAAGGCCGAUUCCGACAAAGUGGUUGUCCUUUGAAAAUGAAGUCAUGAAACUGAAAGCAAAAGGAGAAAAGAUUCUGGAUUUUGAUUUGCUGCGUAAAUUAAACGCAGCUAUCGAAUGCCCACUUGAAUCGGACGCGGAGAUUAUUGCAUUCCUGAAAUAUCUCCAUGCAGAAGGCUUAGUGCUCUUCUUUGAAGGGGAAAGUCUGACGAAUUUGGUAAUAAUCGAUCUGCAAUGGGCAAUCAAUGCCUUUAAACAUAUCAUUACAACGGAGAGAGUCAUCAAGCGAAUAUGUUCACCCGGUCUUUAUAAAAUGCAACACCAGCUGAACACUGAAGCGAAGCUAUAUCCAGAAUAUGUGGAAGAAAUCCUCAAAAACUUCGACGUGAACCUUACCCCUACCCACAUCAAAAGCGUGCUUCUGUAUAUGGAGAAGUUAAACUUAAUUUCAAAAUGUUUGAUUACGCGACCCGAUUACUGGAUCGUACCAUGCAUGUUGAAAACAACACAGCUUCUUGUAGUUCUUGAAGAGCUGCAGUUUGAUCGACAAGUAAAGACAUGUGUCCUGUAUCUUGAUACGCACAGCCCGGGAAUGAAAAACGCAUUUUCCAGUCAACUGAUGGCCGCAUGCAUAGAAAAAUGGUCUCUUGUCACAGCGAAAGGGAGAUGUGUUCUCUUUAGGAAUAUAGCUUCUUUUAAGAUCGACAUGUGCUGGCGAUUGCUGCUACAUCUUGAGGAAGGCGUCGUGCAGGCAGUGAUAUAUAGAUAUUCACAGGCAGAAACGAACAUUCCUCGUGGUUUAGGGGAAGAAACCCGACUGUUUCUGGAGAAAACAUGUAGUUCUAUCAUACAAAGGUAUCAGAAAGUUGUUCGUGUGCGAAGUUGUGUUCAGUGUUCACUGAAAACCAAGGCGGCCAGCACUCCCGUAGAAUGUACAUCUCUGUUGAAGCACAAAGAACUUCAGUGUUGUGAGGGCACAUCCAAUCAACUCCACGUUAUUGGACUGGAAUCUCUUCAACAUUGGUUCAAAGUAGAAAAUACGGAUCAGAGAGACUUAACGGAACCAACAGGCCCAGCACACGUUGCUUCUAACAAGAAUGAAGUAAUGACACAUCAAAAAGAAUUGCUCCCCAAGUUUCCACGAGUGAGCGUCCGACAGCGAAACAAAUCUGGACUACAUUUUCCUCAAGAACCUACUGCAAAGGUUGGAAAAGACGUGUUCAUGAAGGAUUAUGACGACUCUUUCACAGAGACAUCCCUACAUGUAUUGCUGUUAUGUUGUGAAUCAGUGGGGAUGUUAAAAUCGGACCACGGAACCUGCACUGUCUUCAGAGUGGGGACGAACAGUGCACUAACCACAUUCCAUUCCGUCAACAAAAUAUUACUUGAGAAAACAACGACUGGUUUUAAGUGGAACUUUGACAACCUAUCACGAGAAAAUACAGUCGUGAUAUUCAAUCAGGGAGUGUCCUUUAGUCUUCUUCCAUGCCUCGAGGCAUACGAUGCCGAUCUCGACUACGCUGUGCUCACCCUCAGUCCUUGUCCAAACAUGACCCUCCCUCCGCCAUUAAUGCCUCUGUCCACAAAUGAUUCCCCGGACAGACUUGCAGCGGUCAUUGGCUUUGGGCACACUAGACAUGACCAAAAGACGGUCGAUCCACACGUGCCAAUCCUGUCCAGUGUUGAUGAACAGUUGCAGCAAGCCGAGCAGUGGGUCCGAGAAAAUGAGCCUGCAAUUCAAGAAUGUCUUAGAUUGAAUGGGGAAAAUGAGUAUAAAGUUUCCGAGGCAUAUGCUGUUUUGAACAAAGACAACAAAAUAUGCAUCCGUUCAACCAUGGAAAAAGGUGGGUCGGGGUCACCUGGACUUGCGUUCACCCCGAAUGGACCCCGCGUGCUUACCAUGCUACAAGGCGGCUUGCCGUCUUUCUUCUGGGCGUUACCUCAUGACAUGAGGGGCUAUGUUCCAUUAGCAUAUCGGGUUGAAUAUGGAAUAUCGAUGUGGGCUAUACAGAAUCACAUUGAACAGGCAUUGGGCCGUCCUGACCUCCGGCAGGACAUUUUUGGGUAUUAACUUUACUUAAUGAAUUGUUCUAGGGGCACCGUAGUGCAGUGCAUAGCGGCAUCACGCUUUUCUACUUACCAUUAGGUGACUGUAACCGUCUUUGGCGCAUUGAUUUACCCGUAUUGAUCACACCAGUGACCCAGUGAUCUGGGUUUGGUAAUACAGUGUCUGUGCUGUGAUAUUCAAGUAGAAAUGAACUAUAAAACCUACCGUAAAAAGUAGAUGCACGGUCACAUAGUAAACAGUAUAAUUUAAAUAUAAUACUCAAUUAUACAUGCAGGAACGCACACAUACAGAAGAUAGUGUCAGAGUAUUCAUGCAAUUAAUUGGUAGAAGCAGAAGUGAAGUAUUUUUUCACAAUGGGCAUUUUAACCGAAAAAUAGUCGAAACAUAACUUUUUGUGCAAAUAAUGUAUAGAUCUACUCUUUUUACAAUGAUGGAUAUAUAUAUAUAAAAAAAGGAACAAAAGUCAAAGAGACUGAAAAACAAAAAUUCUACCUAAGAUUGAUUUUGGUAAACUUUUUUUCUGUUAUAUAGAUGCCAUUGUUAGAAAAUGAAAAUGUUUCAAUAUUUUUGAUGUGAAAACGUAGAUUAACUCGACUUUGUUAUCCGUAUAUUUUUACGCGAUUUAAUAUUAUUAUAAAAAAUAUAAACAUAUUUUAUAUGACAAACAUUUGUUAUUGUCACUUUGAAAGCUCUACCCAAGGGCAGACAUGAAUGUCCUUUUUUGACAUGUUUUGACGUUUUUCGACAAGAACAUUUCGGCUCAAUCAAAAUAAGAUGAAAUGUAUACAAACGAAAUGUUAAAUCUCAUAGUUUCAGAUCUGUAGAAGCAACUCUCUACAUAGCGUCAAAACUUUAAAUUACACUAAAAGAGGAAAUUUCGUGUGGCUCCUGAUACUAUUGACGGUGUUGAAAAGUUCACGAUGACAAUACUUUAGCAAUACCUCUAACAAUUUCUCAAUGUAUAUAUGCUCACUUUCGUGUUAAUUUACUAAACGUGGUAUUGGCGAAAAAUGUCCACUCCACAGUACGACAUUUUACACUGAUUCAGUAAUAGUCCAGUUAUCCUGCCAGAAAAAUAGCCCAAACCUCAAAUUUCAUUUUUUGUCGGUAGUAUAAAGAUUAUUAUUGACCAUGACCUCGACAUAAUGGCGGCAGCUAUGAAUAUCUCUUUUGAUAAUAGUGUUUUGCCGUUCUACGACAAGAACUUUUUGGUUCAAUCAAGAUCCUGAUUUAUAUAUAUAAAUUUUAUAUUGGUGUAAAGUUGAACUUACCUCUUAAAUAUUAGUGUGAACUUAAAUAUAUAUAUAUAUAAGUUCAAAUGUACACCAAUGAAGGUUUAAAUAAGGUUUGAAAGCCUACUAGUUGAAUUAUAAUUUGUUCUUGUGGUCAAAACUAACAUUACUGUUAUACAUUAUCCAUUUUGUAUUGUUUGUCAAAAAAUGGUGUCUUUUUAUACUAUUUAUAUAUUAUUUUGUGCUGUUAAUAUAUGCGAUGUUUAUUUUUAAAUAUAUUUUUAAUAUUUUUAACCAAACAGGGUAUGUAUAUAUUACAAUUGCUGAAUGAUUCUACUUGUAGACAAACUUUUACCCAGAUCAUAUCUCCAAAAGUGAUGUACCGAUAUCUUUUGAAACUACAUCUUUCCAAUCACAUUAAUUCGUACAAGCGAGACCACAAAUUAUUAUUUAUACCUAAAUUGCGAGAGAUGUGACCCUCGAUUUACUAAUAAAAUCAUGUCAAGUCUGCAUUUCCUAAAGUACAAGAUAUAUCAAUUUUCGUGUCAAAUUGGCAUCAAGUAAAAAUGAAAUAGGGAGGAUAUUGUAUGGUUCAAGGUGGAUUAUCAGUGGGCCUUUGGACAUGGUUUUAGUUUGAGCUAGGGUUAUGCUUACAUUUUUCAUUUACAUUCCUCAUUACACAACACUUCUCAAUAUCAUGAUUUUCCCGGUGAGGACACCAUUGAUGCAAGUAGUGUUAACUUUGUUUAUAAAUAGUUUGCUAAAUGUAUGUGCAUAUGUUACCAUUACUUCACAAAGUUGUUAUUUUCAUUUAAUAAGAGAUGCUGUGAUAACCUUGUGCAGUAUUUCAAAUUGUUAAAUAAAUUGUUAACAAAUACUUGUACACUGAAUGCACAUACCGGUAUGAUUACUUUCUAAACAACAUUUCUGGUAGCUGUCAAAACAAUCAAGUUUAUCAGUUGCUUUGGCAGAGAAUAGGCCUAUGUUAUAUUUUUUGUCGUAGACUUUAAGAUGAAAACCUAAAAACAGUCGGAGAACCAAUAUUUUCCCAAUUUUCGUAGAAAUGUAUGGUUAGGAGAUAGCAAGGAUCACGAAGCCGUUUUCAAUUAGGACAAAAUUGAAACUUGUCCUGAUAUUUAUAUUUUAGCUCGGCAAAGCUAAGCCUCAUUUAAAUGAAAAACUUUCAGAUUUGAUCUACUAGGUAAGUCCAUGACAUUAUGUUUAACAUUUGAUGUAGGGAGUGGUGAUUCUGUUAUACCAGUUCAUGAAGUUAAAUUAUCACGAAAAAACAUUUAUCUUUAACGUUUGUUUGUCUGCCUGUUAAGUGAUUUUCAUCUUGUUAGCUGUAAAUGUCAUAAAUUUUUAAAUUACUUAAGUAUUCAUCUAAAAAUUGUUAGGGACUCAUUUUCUACUUGUAUUGGGUUUAUAGCAGAGAUUUUAUGAACUUUGUUUUAGCUGAUAUAAUUCAAUUAUCAAAAUUUGAUUUAAACUUGAAAGUUAAAACAUUUCAUUUUUUUAUAGGAAUAUAAUAUUAUAAUUUGCUCAUGUCGUCAUAAUGAAGAUCUUCCUAUUUUCAAAUACAUAAUGUAAAUUACCAUAUACAGGAAAAGUACAACACAUUUACAAUCGAUUCAAAGGGGACCUUUUGAUUUGUUUGUAACAUUGGCUAUGAAGUUUAAUUCUCAUUAGGUAGGUCUUUAUCAUGGUACAUAGAGAUAUGAAGUGGUAACAUGUGGUAAUUAGCAGCAAGCUAGUGUGAUCUGUGUAGACUGCUCUGUAAAGAUAAGUGUAACCUUAAUAAUUGACAAUUUUCAAAGAACACCCACAUUUUAUCCUACAUAAUCAUUCCAUUGUGAAGGGGUGGAACUAUCCUUCAACAUAUACAGGAUGAACCACUAAGUGGGGAUUCCACAUGUUAAUAGGUUCCCCAUGGUACAGUAUAUAAUGUGUACAAGUACUGAAUGUGAUAAUACAGUGUUAGAAACGGCAACUUACUAUUGUAUAUAAGAUAAUAACAAAGUUAGAACAAGUAUACGUUUAUUUGUUUAUUCUAUGAUCAGUGAUUAUGAUGAUAAUGAUGAUCAAUAUGAACAAUGAAUCACCAGACACAGGUGAGAUUAUUUACACCCAAUGAACAAACUGUGAUUUGGUGAUUUGAUCAAACUCUGUCCUUACUUACAUCCCUUCCCUUGACUAUGAAGGCAAUGUGGUAGCUUCGAAAAUCCAAUUUAUGCUUUUAUCUAAAUUCAGUUAACAUCUUAAUUUUUCUCCUAUUUUCUCUUUCUUACUAAAUCUGUCACAUGCUAAUCAAAACGUCUCUGGUGAUAACCGGAUUUAUUUUUAAACCUCACGGACUUAAGAUCUAUUUCUUUAUAAUUUAUAUAUAUUUAUCUCGCACAUGCAAGAGAUUUCCUAAUAUCUAUAUAUAGCAU